AUGAAGAUGUGGAUUGCUCUCGUGCUUGCCGCGCUUGCGGUCGGAGCGUCAGCACAAAGCUGUUCAUGUAGCACUAUGAAGUGGGCCACCUGUGAUGGAACUCCUUGCCAGUGUUACAUCCUGGUUGGUGAUCAGAUGAAACAAAAGCUCGACUGCAAUGCAUUGAUCCCCAAGUGCUUCUUGAUGAAAGCUGAGAUGUACAGAGCCAAAAAAGGCCUGGACACCCGUACUGGCAUCGGAGGAAAACCCGUGGAGACUGCUUUCUUGGACAAUGACGGCAUCUAUGACCCAGAGUGUGAGAAUGAUGGCAAAUUCAAGGCCAAGCAGUGCAACAACACAGAGGAGUGUUGGUGCGUCAACAGCGCCGGUGUUCGUCGAACAGAUAAAGGAGACAAGAACCUCAAGUGUGAGAAGCUGGUGGAGACCUACUGGGUCCGUCUUCAGCUGAAGCACAAACCAGUGACUGGUCCUGUGGACCCAGAACAACUGAAAAUGGCUAUUGCUGAUGCUAUCAACAAGCGUUAUGACAAUUUUAACAAGGAAUUUGUGAAAGAGAUUAAGUACGAUCCUGAUUCCCGCACGAUUGUGGUGGAUGUGAAGAAGCCCAAGGGAGAGCGCAAGACCGAUUUGAGUAAAAUGGCUUACUACAUGGAGAAAGAUGUCAAAGUGCUUCCUCUAUUCAAGGAUCAAGAGAAGUUUGAGCCCAGAGUGGGAGGUCGGAAUAUGGAGAUGGAGAACAUCUUGGUGUACUACGUAGAUGAGGAGGCCCCAACAUUCACCAUGAAGAAUCUUCCUGGUGGGAUCAUCGCAGUCAUUGUGGUGGUUGUCCUCACUGUGGUGGCAGGCUUGCUACUCCUGUUCUUCCUCAAAAGACGCCAGAGUCAGCAGUACAACAAAGCUCAGCAAAGAGAAAUGGAUCCCAUGUAA